GGAGUGUUAGACCGAGUUACUGCCGCAGACCUUGACGACUGCGUUCGUCCUCUUGGGUUUCCCAGGAUGUUCUUUUACCUGAGCAAGAAAAUCGCCAUUUCGAAUAAUGUGAAGCUGAAAUGUAUAUCUUGGAACAAAGACCAAGGAUUCAUAGCAUGUGGUGGUGAUGAUGGAUUACUGAAAGUUUUGAAAUUGGAGACGCGAACAGAUGAUGCAAAAUUGAGGGGUCUUGCAGCUCCUAGUAAUCUUUCUAUGAAUCAGACUCUUGAAGGUCACAGUGGUGCUGUUCAAGUUGUAACAUGGAAUGAACAGUAUCAGAAGUUGACUACCAGUGAUCAAAAUGGGCUUAUCAUCGUAUGGAUGUUAUAUAAAGGCUCUUGGUAUGAAGAAAUGAUCAACAACAGAAACAAGUCCGUGGUUCGCAGUAUGAGCUGGAAUGCCGAUGGACAGAAGAUCUGCAUCGUGUAUGAAGACGGGGCCGUGAUUGUUGGCUUUGUGGAUGGGAAUCGUAUUUGGGGAAAGGACUUGAAGGGUAUACAGCUAUGCCAUGUAGCAUGGUCAGCAGAUAGUAAAAUCUUACUAUUUGGAAUGGCAAAUGGGGAAAUACACAUCUUUGAUAAUCAAGGGAAUUUUAUAAUGAAAAUGAAGCUCAGCUGCCUGGUGAAUGUCACUGGAGCAAUCAGCAUCGCUGGCAUCCACUGGUACCAUGGCACAGAAGGCUACGUGGAGCCGGAUUGUCCUUGCCUCGCUCUUUGUUUUGAUAAUGGAAGAUGCCAAAUAAUGAGACAUGAGAAUGACCAAAACCCUGUUCUAAUUGACACCGGCAUGUAUGUGGUCAGUAUCCAGUGGAAUCACACUGGCAGCGUGUUAGCUGUGGCAGGAUCCCAGAAGGCAGUCACUCAGGAUAAGGAUGUAAACACUGUGCAGUUUUACAGUCCAUUUGGGGAGCAUCUGGGCACUCUGAAAGUUCCUGGAAAGCAGCUGUCUGCCAUAUCUUGGGAAGGAGGGGGGCUAAAAAUUGCCCUGGCUGUGGAUUCCUUUAUAUAUUUUGCAAAUAUUCGACCAGAUUACAAGUGGGGCUAUUGCUCAAAUACUGUAGUUUAUGCAUACACCAGACCUGAUCGACCAGAGUAUUGUGUCGUCUUCUGGGAUACAAAAAACAAUGAGAAAUAUGUUAAAUAUGUGAAGAGUCUUGUUUCUAUUACUACCUGUGGAGAUUUCUGUAUUUUGGCCACUAAAGCUGAUGAAAAUCAUCCUCAGGAGGAGAGCGACAUGGAAACAUUUGGUGCAAUGUUUGUGCUUGUUCUUUGUAAUUCUAUUGGCACACCUUUGGAUCCCAAAUACAUCGAUAUUGUACCAUUGUUUGUCACAAUGACCAAAACCCAUGUGAUAGCAGCUUCGAAAGAAGCAUUUUAUAUUUGGCAGUAUCGUGUGGCCAAGAAACUCACAGCAUUGGAAAUCAAUCAGAUCAUGCGGUCUCGAAAAGAAGGAAGAGAAAGAAUAUAUCAUGUUGAUGAUACUCCUUCUGGAUCAGUGGAUGGGGUGCUUGAUUAUAGUAAAGCCAUCCAAGGAACAAGAGAUCCAAUUUGUGCCAUAACUGCAUCUGAUAAGACACUGAUUGUGGGUCGGGACUCCGGCACUCUUCAGAGGUACAGCCUUCCGAAUGUUGGCUUGAUUCAGAAAUACUCCCUUGAUUGUCGAGCCUGCCAGUUAUCCUUGAAUUGCAACUCUAGUCGUCUUGCUAUCAUAGACAUUUCAGGAGUUCUGACUUUCUUUGACUUGGAUGCACGAGUAACAGACAGUACGGGACUGCAAGUAAUUGGCGAGUUGUUAAAACUGGAGCGAAAAGAUGUCUGGGAUAUGAAGUGGGCCAAAGAUAAUCCUGAUUUGUUUGCAAUGAUGGAGAAGACAAGAAUGUAUGUUUUCAGAAACUUGGAUCCAGAGGAACCUAUUCAGACUUCUGGAUAUAUUUGUAACUUUGAGGAUUUAGAAAUUAAAUCUGUUCUUUUGGAUGAGAUACUAAAGAAUCCAGAACACCCAAAUAAGGAUUAUAUAAUUAACUUUGAAAUCCGGUCCCUGCGAGACAGUCGAGCAUUGAUUGAGAAGGUUGGAAUUGAAGAUGCCUCUCAAUUCAUUGAGGACAAUCCGCACCCCCGGCUUUGGCGCCUGCUGGCUGAAGCAGCUCUUCAGAAAGUGGACUUGCAGACUGCAGAGCAAGCAUUUGUGCGCUGCCGAGACUAUCAAGGAAUCACGUUGGUGAAGCGCUUGGCCAAUCUGCAGAGUGAGUCCAUGAAGCAGGCUGAAGUCGCUGCCUACUUCGGCAGGUUUGAAGAGGCGGAAAGAAUGUACCUUGAUAUGGAUAGAAGAGAUCUUGCUAUUGGCCUCCGGCAGAAAUUGGGAGAUUGGUUUAGAGUCCUUCAACUCUUGAAAACCGGAUCUGGUGCUGCAGAUGACAGUCUCCUUGAGCAAGCCCACAAUGCGAUUGGAGACUACUUUGCUGAUCGACAGAAGUGGUUGAAUGCUGUACAAUAUUAUGUUCAAGGCCGGAACCAAGAACGAUUAGCUGAAUGUUAUUAUAUGUUGGAAGAUUAUGACGGAUUGGAGAAUCUUGCCAAUUCACUUCCAGAAAACCAUAAAUUACUUCCAGAAAUAGCACAAAUGUUUUUGAGAGUUGGAAUGUGUGAACAAGCUGUUGCAGCUUUUUUGAAAUGUAAUCAACCAAAGGCAGCCGUAGAUACCUGUGUCCAUCUGCACCAAUGGAACAAAGCUGUGGAACUGGCUACACAUCAUAGUAUGAAGGAAAUUGGAUCCCUGCUCGCUAGGUACGCUUCUCACCUCUUGGAAAAGAAUAAAACUCUUGAUGCCAUAGAACUCUAUCGGAAAGCCAAUUACUUUUUUGAUGCAGCUAAGCUGAUGUUUAAGAUUGCAGAUGACGAAGCAAAGAAGAGAAGCAAGCCUCUGCGUGUGAAAAAGCUCUACGUGCUGUCUGCUCUGCUCAUAGAGCAGCACCACGAGCAGCUGAAAAGUGCCCAGCGGGGAAAAGCCAAAGGAAAGGGUUCAGAGGUUACUUCUGCUUUGGCUGGUUUGCUGGAAGAGGAUGUUCUGUCUACAUCCAGUCAUUUCACAGACAAUGCUUGGAGAGGGGCUGAGGCAUACCACUUCUUUGUCCUUGCACAGAGGCAGCUCUAUGAGGGAUAUAUGGACAGUGCCUUGAGGACAGCUCUCCACUUGAGAGACUAUGAAGAUAUUAUCCCUGCUGUUGAGAUCUACUCUCUGUUAGCACUCUGUGCCUCUGCUGGUAGAGCUUUUGGUACCUGCUCAAAAGCUUUUAUUAAACUGGAAUCCUUAGAUACGCUCAGUCCACAACAGAGGAAACAAUAUGAAGAUCUUGCUCUAGAAAUCUUCAUGAAGCAUACUCCAAAAGACAGCAGGAAAUCUGAAAUGGACAGUCUUCUUGAAGGUGGGGAAGGAAAACUGCCCACAUGUGUUGCCACCGGCAGCCCCAUCACUGAAUAUCAAUUCUGGAUGUGCAGUGUGUGUAAGCACUGCGUUCAGGCUCAGGAAAUCAGCAACUACAACUUCUGCCCCCUGUGCCAUAGUCCAGUGAGCUAGAGAAGCACACAGUUGUAUGUAAUUGCAAAACAUGCUAUGUAUAUAAACCUGAUCAGUAAAUAUACAGUUUUAUAUAAAUGGUUGAUUCCUAUAAAUAUUGUAUGAAAGUUAGCUCAUUAUUUUCAUAGUUGUACUCUUAUAUAGUUAUUUUAAAAUAAUAUUAGCUUUUGUACAAAAAUAUAAUUAUGAAAUAAUGGGGUUGGUUUGAGUAGACAAUUUAUAGUAAUCCACCUUGUUUUUAUAUCUACAUAUCUAUUAAAUUUACCUUGUGGGUGGUUACAAAAAUAUUCCAAAUAAGAAGUUUGGGAGGGACAGGGGAUAUGGGGGGUAAUGUUUGAACACAUGUAGUACUGCAAAUGGGUCCUAUCUGUAGCUAUAUUUAUGUUGUCUUGAAUGUUUUCCAUGAUUUGUUUUCAUAAAAGAGAGGACACUUUGGGAUAGUUUUUAUAGUUUGAAUUGCUUCUAACAGCUUUAUUCCCUUUCCUUUUUGAGCUACCCUUGAGUCUCUUUUUGAUCCGCUUCAUAUUAUUAUGCAGAAAACUCUUCUCUAUGUCUAAUGACAUAAAUUUAUAUAAGAACAGCCAUUUUGAAAUAUUGCCACUAAGUGGGACCCUUCAUUUAAGUAACAUGUGCUGUAGGGAACAGUUCUUCCUGGCUAUGUAUGUUUUAAAUUCAUUAUCAUUCAAGAGAAAAAAUGGCAGUGAGUACUGGGGAAUUUCUUACCUGUAUUGCUGAUAUUGCCCUUUAGUUAAUUCUCAUGAAUGGGUAUUCCCUCAUUUUCUGAGACCAGAGUUUGACACUGCUGAGUUUGACAAGAGUGCUGAGGUUUGGGUAUUAUCUAGUGAGAUCGUGAAUAAAGGAAAAUAUACAGUAUUGUUCUUACAGUUUCAUUAUUUAGUUUGUUGUCUGAUUUUGAUGCAUUUGUCUUUGUUUUUCUUUAAAGACAGGGUUGGUCUGGUACAGAUUGGGAAUAAUGAGUUAUAAAACGAGGUUUAGAGCCCAGGCAAACUUGAAAUAGAUACCAGACUCUAAUGCCUCAACAACAUGAAGAGACCGGACAUUGUGGGACUUCUCUGUGUUCGCGCAGGUAGACGAACACUAUUGAGGAUAGGAUGUCAUUGAGGUGGAAAGACACAGUCCCUGAAUCCUGGGUUAUAAAAUAUUCUGAUGCCGGACUCUCAGUUGGCCUCAUCAGCCUGCCCUGGAGCGGGUCUUCAGGAAGAGAACCAGAGUUGGGGUUUCUACUGGGGGACUCAAAAACAAAUAGAUCAUAUUAUUGAAAGGUAGAUCCUGAGUUUCUGUCUCUACUCCUUAUUCAGUUUUGACUUAGAAAUAACCCUUUAAACCUUUGGACCUUAAUAUCAUUUAUGAACACACAUAAACAAACGAACACACACAUACAAAAGCACACACAUCUCUGGAGUCCCAUCAUGUCUUAGUUUAAAGUGUAUGACUGGGUUUCUAUCAGUGAAAGGUUUGAUGAUCUGCUGCAGUGUCUCAGUGACCUGUAUCUUGAUCAGAUAGGUUGAGAGAGGGAGAGAGAGAGAGAGAGAACCCAUGAUAUAAGUUGAUCCAAUUGGUUGUCUUCGGGAAAAAAGAAAUUUCAAGAUGACACGACCAGCACAUUUUUCUCCAGUGGAGACGGGGACUGGGAGUGGGGAGAAUAGUCCCAGAAUUAUUCAUAUAAAACAAAUCCCUAGAAAUAAAUUGGACAGAGAGAAUCGAGCAGUGUACUGAAAACAACUUAAUGAAAUGAUUAUAAUGUUCUUUUCUGUCAUUAAAUACCAACUGAAUGCUA